AUGUGUGGGGGACUGAUGGAGAGGUAUGUGGCUGCCAUGGUGCUGAGUGCAACUGGAGAUGCCCUGGGGUACUUCAACAGGAAGUGGGAGUUCCUCCGGGAUGGGGAGAAGAUUCACCGGCAGUUGGCCCAACUGGGGGGCUUGGACGCCAUAGAUGUGGAAAGGUGGAGAGUAAGUGAUGACACGGUGAUGCACCUGGCCACAGCGGAAGCCCUCCUGGAAGCUGGGACAGCUCCAGACUUGGCUCGACUGUAUUCCCUCCUUGCUAAGCACUACCAAGACUGCAUGGGAGACAUGGACGGCCGGGCUCCAGGUGACACAUCAGUUAAGAACGCCAUGCGCCUGGAGCCAGACAAGGCCAAUGGCUGGAGGGUUCCCUUCAACAGCCACGAGGGCGGCUGCGGGGCUGCCAUGCGGUCCAUGUGCAUCGGUCUCCGGUUCCCUCACCGCAGCCAGCUGGACAUGCUGAUCCAAGUGAGCAUCGAGAGCGGUCGAAUGACCCACCACCACCCAACAGGCUACCUGGGGGCCCUUGUGUCCGCUCUCUUCACAGCCUAUGCUGUGAAUGGCGAACCACCCUUGCAGUGGGGAAAAGGACUGAUGGGGGUACUGCCUGAGGCUAAAAAGUACGUCAUCCAAUCAGGCUACUUUGUGGAGGAAAAUCUUCAAAACUGGUCCUACUUUCAAAACCAAUGGGAAAAUUACCUAAAACUUAGAGGGAUUUUGGACGGCAAAUCAGCCCCUGUCUUCCCCAAGCCCUUCGAUGUGAAGGAGAGGGAUGAGUUCUACACUUUCCUGAGCUACUCGGGCUGGGGCGGCAGCAGCGGGCAUGACGCCCCCAUGAUCGCCUACGACGCCGUCCUUGCUGCGGGAGACUCCUGGAAGGAGCUUGCCCACCGAGCCUUUUUCCAUGGUGGAGACAGCGACUCCACAGCUGCCAUUGCUGGCUGCUGGUGGGGAGUUAUGCAUGGUUUUAAGGGAGUGAGUCCAUCCAACUAUGAGAAGCUAGAAUACAGAAACCGACUGGAAGAGACAGCGAGGGCUUUGUAUGCUCUCGGGUCCAAGGAAGACACCUUUAGGGAAUUGUGAUGUUCAUAUCUGUUGGUUUCUUCUUUCUUCUUUUCUGCUAUUUCUUUUCACUUUCUCCAAAGUCGGGAGCCUUAACCUUGGACUCAGAGAAUGUUGAGAAGCAAGUCCCUUCUUUUCAGACUCAUCCUGCUCUCCCUGAAUCUAUCCCUCUUCUUAUACUGAAGAGUCUUUUAUCUCAGUUGAUGGGAUCAGUGCCUCCUAAGCUGGAAAUCCCAUAGCCUCAUAUAUCCGUCUUCAUUUCCAUCAUCUAAUUGUUCUAAAUGUUUUUUCAGUUUGUCUUAAGUUAGGUUCCCUCAAAGUGGACUCUGAGACAAAGAUUGGAGUGCAAGUAGUUUAUGUGAGAGAUGACUUCAGGAAACACUGGUAGGAGGAUGGGGAAGUGAGACCAGGAAGGGAAGGGAGUGAGUACACAGUGUGUUAAUAAGUGGGUUUCCGCUGUGGGCUGCUGGGACUCAGUCCAUCUGGGUCCUCUGCCUAAGGCAGUCCUCAGCAUUGUUCCACCAGCAAGGCAGGCAAACCUUGUUUAUCCACUGACUUCCAUCUGACACUGGUUGACACUCCCAGGGCUAGUAACUCCCUGGUAUUUCCUGGCUUGCCUGUUGUACAAAACAAACCUGAAUGUCUUCAGGCAAAGACUCAGAGAUGCUUGCAGUGGCAAGCUUAAGGUGUAUGGGAACAGUGAGGGGUCUAUGCGGGGUCCUAACAGCCUUGGCUAGACUGUUCUACCUCCUAAGUAUAUUAAAAACCUAUCACCUCUUUUA